AUGGAGAAGGGUAAAUCUGAUGAGAAGCAUGGAGUCUCAGUCACUGAGGGAGCCAAUGUCGCCGUUCUCUCUGGGAUGACUGCGGACAAGCCGGGGGCGACCACCAAGGUCGUCUACAACGCCGACCUGUAUGCUGCCAUCAACGAGACCCAGAUCGAGAAGUGGAGCAAGACAUCCAUCCAUCUAUACUUCUGUAUAUUUGUCGCAUUCUGCUGUGCCUGUGCAAACGGAUACGAUGGCUCGCUGAUGGGCUCCGUCUUCGCCAUGAGCCACUACCAGAACACUUUCCACACUGGAAAGACUGGCGAGAAGGUCUCCGUCGUCACCUCUCUGUAUACAGUUGGCUCUAUGGUCGCAACCCCCAUCUCGGCCGUCAUCUCCGACAGAUUCGGCCGUCGCAAGUGUAUGUUUGCUGGAGGAUGGGUCAUUGUCAUCGGAUCUAUUGUGAUUGCCACUGCCAACACCCUGGCUCACUUUAUCGUCGGUCGCUUCGUGCUUGGUUUCGGUAUCCAGAUCAUGGUCGUGUCUGCGCCGGCCUACGCAGCUGAGAUCUCGCCUCCCCACUGGCGUGGACGUGCAGUUGGCUUCUACAACUGCGGCUGGUUCGGUGGCUCUAUCCCAGCAGCGGUCGUCACCUACGGGUGCAACUUCAUCGAUAACAACUGGCAAUGGCGCGUGCCCUUCAUCCUGCAGUGCUUUGCUUCCUGUAUCGUGAUCGUCUCCGUCUGGUUCAUCCCUGAAUCUCCCCGCUGGCUCAUGUCCCAAGGCCGCGACGAGGAGGCCAUCUCCAUCCUGGCCAAGUACCACGGCAAUGGCGACCCCAAUGCACGCCUGGUGCGUCUGGAGGUCGAGGAGAUGAAGGAGGGUAUUCGCGUAGACGGCAUCGACAAGACCUGGUGGGACUACCGACCCUUCCUCUUCUCCCACAGCGGCCGCUGGCGGUUCGCGCAAGUCAUCAUGAUCUCGAUUUUUGGUCAAUGGUCAGGGAACGGUCUUGGAUAUUUCAACCCUGCUAUUUACGAGACCCUCGGAUACACAUCCAGUUCCAUGCAGCUCCUGCUUAACCUUGUCAACUCGAUUGUGGGCGCUAUCGCUGCUCUGACUGCGGUCUACUUCUGUGACAGGAUGCCCCGCCGAACAGUGCUUGUUUGGGGAACACUUGGCUGCGCUCUCUGCAUGGCCGUCAACGCCGGCGUCUCCCAGCCCAUGAUCCCCCAGCGCGAGGCCGGCGCCGUCGACCCAACGCUCGGCCGCACAGCUCUCAGCUUUUACUAUCUCUUCCAGGUCGUCUUCUCGUUCACAUAUACCCCUCUCCAGGGCGUUGUCCCCGCUGAAGCCCUAGAGACUACGACCCGUGCAAAGGGUCUCGCGCUGUCAGGCUUCCUCGUCAGCGGCACCAGCUUCAUCUCGCAGUUCGCCUCGCCCAUCGCACUCGAGAAUAUCAGCACAAACUACUUCUGGAUCUUCGUAGGCUGGGACGUUAUCGAAUCUGUGUUCUGGUAUUUCUUCGGUGUCGAAUCCCAAGGCCGUACGCUCGAGGAACUCGAGUACCUCUACCAACAGCCAAACCCGGUCAAGGCAUCCAAGCAUCGCGACAAGGUUGUUGUGCAGCAGGACGGGCAUGUUACUGAGAAGAUCUCCGAGGAUGAUGUGUAG